AAAAUCGGUCAAAGAUUAUGUGGCAAUGGAAAUCGUUUAAUUAAUCGGCUCACAGCACUAGUACGGAAACUCUUAACCCGGAAGUGUUGUUUCACCCUCGUGGUGAGACAUGACAGACGCUCAAUGAACAAGUGUGUUUCAGUGACUAGAGCUGUCUGCGCUGCAGUUGCGAGACAGAAAAGUCCGUCUCCUACCCGUUCACUGAUUCCUUGCUUGCUUUCGGUCACAAGGAAAAAUACGUGUAUUCGAGACUGUUCCCAGCAUAAGUGGCUGCGUACCAUGUCAUCGGAAGGACCAGGCCCCAUAACGGGGGACAAUGCGGGCGAUGCCAACAUGACCGUCACUAUCGGAGCCACAGUUCCCACCGGAUUUGAACACACAGCCGCAGAGGAGGUCAAAGAAAAGAUUGGGGUGGAAGCCACUAUAAGCAAGGACCGUGGCCGGAUUUACUUUCAAAUAACCACGAACAACCUCUUUCAGGUGCAUCACCUGAAGUCUGUGGAUAACCUGUUUGUGGUGGUCGAAGAGUAUGACAACUAUCAGUUCAAAGACUCAAAGGAGGAGACCCUGGCGGAGCUGCAGCUUCUGGCCUCUAAACUCCCAUGGACCAACGCCCUGGAGGUCUGGAGGCUGAACAACUCCCUCAAGAAGAAGAGGCUCCGUCGCCGUGGCGCCGGGACCAGGGGGAAGCCCAGCACCAAGCCCCCCAGAGACGCCGUCUCCACCGAGGCCCUCGCUGCCGACACAGACCGCAUGCAGCUGGAGGCCCCAGAGCUCACCGAGCCGGACCAGGGAGACGGGUUGCCAGAGCGGGCGGAUAACCCCCUAGAUGAGCAGGACAAUUUGGGGGCGGGGCCGGAGGAGGAGGAGGCAGCGGAGCCCAGUGUGGUAAAGUUCCGUGUAACGUGCAGCAGGGCCGGGGACAAACACAGCUUUACGUCCAGCGAGGCGGCGAGGGAUUUUGGCGGCGCCGUGCAGGAGCUGUUUCAGUGGAAAGCUGACAUGACAAAGUUUGAUGUGGAGGUGCUGCUGAACAUCCACAAGGUGGAGGUGGUGGUUGGCAUCGCCCUGACGGAGGAGAGUCUACACAGGAGAAACAUCACACACUUUGGGCCGACAACGCUGAGGUCCACCCUGUGUUACGGCAUGCUCAGGUUGUGUAAACCGGAGCCCUCUGACGUGAUCCUGGACCCGAUGUGUGGCACAGGAGCUAUACCACUGGAGGGCGCCCUGGAGUGGCCGCAGGCCUUCUACGUCGCCGGGGACAACAACGACAUGGCGGUGAGCCGCACGGUCAACAAUAUCAGCCACGUCCAGAAGAAAAGACACGACAGGGGCAGGCGAACCCCGGGGCUGCAGAUCGACACUGUGCAAUGGGAUCUGUGUCACCUGCCCAUGAGGACGUCCUCCGUGGACAUCAUCGUCACAGACAUGCCCUUCGGGAAGAGAAUGGGCUCCAGGAAGAAGAACUGGGACCUGUACCCAUCCUGUCUGAGAGAGAUGGCGCGUGUGUGCAGACCAGGCACUGGCAAGGCUGCUCUGUUGACACAGGACAAGAAGUGCUUUGCCAAGGCUGUCUCCAGGAUGGGUGGGCUGUGGAGGAAGUCUCACACCGUCUGGGUGAAUGUGGGGGGGCUCCACGCGGGGGUGUAUCUCCUCAAGAGGACCACGGGAGUGUUCGGACAGACCCCCGAAGAUAUCUGGGAAGGGCCGCCAGCUGCCAAGGCAACCAGCGAGGAGAAGGACAAGUGACCCAGGGAGGGACGUGUCCAGUUUAGUUUUACGUUUGAGUUAUUGUUACACCAGGGCAGUCUUUAUUUAUUACCAAACUAAGGCCGUUUCCAUUUUUGUAGGAUGCAAGAAAAGUCACUUAUUUACUUACCAAACUACCAAAGUAGUUAAGAUACGGCAUGUCGUUUUCCAGACUGACGUAAGUCCCUGGUUACUGUGACUCAGCAUUCUUAGGAAGUUGGAUGUAUACGUGACGCUGAUUAAACAUUCUCCAAGUGUU